UCGAAGACAGGUUGGUUCGGCCGACGCUGGUAGUCGCACGCCGAGACGCAAGAGGUCCUCACCCCGCGGCGUCAAUCGAACACUCGUCGCCCAACCAGGCGGACCCACCAACCAUCCACAAUCACACACCACCCGCUUUUUGUUUUUAUUUGCCGCGUAGAAGACGAAAACACGCGCGAUUCGCAAUAAUUCCAAUCGAAUUUCAACAAAAGUGCGUGUUUAAUAAGGACUUGAGGUGGUUUCGGCAUUCACCCGGGCACAGCGAGAGAGAUACAGGUCCCAGAGAGGCUGUAAGUGUGCAGAGAUCAACCCAAAACACACCUUGAAGAGAAACUAUCAAGGAUACGUAUUCUAAGGAUAUUCGCACAGCAUGAUGGCCGAGACGGUGAAGAAGUCCCGAAUCGUAAGUGACGACGACCUGGAGGAGUCGCUUAUGCAGGAGUUUAACAAGCGCCUAAAGACGUGUAUCAGCAGUGAAGGACUGAACGACGACGACGAGGAGGACGAUGACGACAAUCACUACGAGAAUGUGCAAGUGGUAGCGAGCAAUACCAACAGCAACACCAACGGCAAUCACGAUAAUAUCGAUAGCCUAAUGACUGAUUUACAACUACAACCCCUACAACAAAACGAAAAUUUGUCUGAAUUGUCUUCAUUGGGGACAAAAAACAAACUGGACUCUGUCGAGGAGUUCAUCCAGAUUGAACGGGAAUGUCUCAAUUUGGAAGUGAUGCCUCCCGAAAUUCAACUUGGUGAAAAUAAUGGAAAUGGUAAUGAUCACAUGGUCCAAGUAAGAACCCCGCCUGAUAACGAAGAAGAACCCGAAGCGGAAGGUGAAUAUAAACCCCUACGGACAUUUCCGGUUGUGCAAAACAUCGAAGUUGAUAGCAGUCCAGAGAAAACCGGGAUCACAGCGAGGGAUAGAAUGUUACUAAGCACAGACUCAGCGAGUUGCCUCCUGUUUACUCAGACAGUGACAUCACCAAUGUUGACACCCUCGGAUGAACGCGUGGACUUCAUGAAAGGCUUCACGCAAGCCGGGGAGAGUGCAGAGACAUCCCCACCUACUACCGUAUCAGAAGACCAGGAUCCAGAUAAUCAAGAUGAUAAAGAUACAUUUGAACAAAUCGAGGUUGUGGAUAAUCAGGAACCUGAACAAGAUCCUGAUCAAGACCAGGAUCAAGACCUAGAUCCGACUGAACCGGAAGUGGACCAACAGGAUGCCGAAAUAGACCAACCUGAAGUAGAUCAAUUGAUGGAGGAUUAUCCAGAGGAGGAGUUGCAGGAGAUAGAAAAUAUCCAACCGGAAGUUGAUCAAGUGGAUAGGUCUGAGGUGAGGGUUGAAAAGUCCCCGGAUUUACUGCGGGAUGUCCCUGUGAUUCAGGUGACUUCUACCUCCCAGAAUCAAGCGAGGAAUAAAAAUGGGGAGUAUCAGUUGGUGGAGACGAAGAUUUCGAAUUACGAGCGUGAGGUUAUGACGAGUCCGAAUUCCCGGCCGAUUAGUACCACGCCAACGGACUUGGACUGUAAACUGCCGAGUGUUAAGAGUUUGAAGGAUCAGUAUAUUAAGACGGCGAGUACUGAGGUGACUACACCGACGAGUCCCAAGUUUGAGAAGGGGGAGAUGUCGCAGUUGAAAUCGCUGGAUAUCAUGAAGCAGAUUUCCAAGUUCGAGCAGAUCAGUCCUUCUAAAGAGGAGAGUACGGAAGUGACGGAGAGUUCGUACGUGGAGACGACGGUUGUGGAGACGUCCGUAAAUGGCGACGGGCAGGUGCAGCAGGCCCAACAGGUGGUGCAGAAGAAGAAGACGAAAAAGAAGUCGCGUACGCACGCCAACGAGAAGGAAAAUAUUUCUGUUUGUGAUUUGGAUUCGCGUUUCUACAAUGUUAAUGUUAAAUCGCUGUGUCGAAGUUUUGGCGACUUGACAAAACUCCCCGAGGAGAAUCUCCGCCCUGAGGCGAAUAAUAAAUCCCGGGCCAAGUCGAUGAGCGAUAUUCGCGGGGUGGGCUUGACCGGAAGACACAUUGAGAACGUCUUUAAUGGUGUCAGCGUCAAAGCACUGAAAGAACGUUUCAAUACCCAAACGAAUGAGCAAAGCAUGAGCAAUCUUAGCUGUACACAGACGAUACCAAAACGUGUGUCUACCUACGACCGACAGAAAUCAAGCUUUAGUAAGUUUGAUGCGUUGCAGAAGAAGAAUGUACUGCAUGUUAGAUCCAGCGAUAGCUCCAAAGCUCAAGAGAAGUUUAACGGGAAUCAAGCAGACACAAGCAAUUGUAAAUCCUGCGGAAAGAUCGUCUUCCAAAUGGAGCAAAUGAAAGCCGAGAGGUCCAUAUGGCACAAGAACUGCUUCCGCUGCACGGAAUGCAAUAAACAAUUAACCGUGGAUACUUAUCAAUCCCACGAAGGCACCCUCUACUGCAAACCGCAUUUCAAGGCCCUGUUCGCCCCGAAAGUCGUCGAAGACGACAAAGAUUCCGCUCCACAGAAACCACGUAAGCACGAGCUCAUCAUCCGCGAAAAUCAGCCGGAAGAGUUACCCCCGGAUGUUGUCAGAGCAAGUGAUAAACCAGAUCUUGGCCUAGAAGAACUCCAAUCCCUGAACGUCAAAGAGCGCUUCCAGGUGUUCGAACACCAUCACGAAGAAGAGCACGGCUUGGAGCGUACAUCAUCCACAGUGAACGUCAAACGUUCCCCCUCCAUUCUAUCAAAACUAGCACGUUUCCAAGCCAAAGGCAUGGACAUCGGCGUCGGCGAUGAAUCCCUCAACGGCAUACCGAUCGAGGAAUCAUCCACGGAAGACGAGCAUGAAGUAGAGGAAGAAGAAGACGAAGAUGCGGAUCUCGUCAGGGCAAAGAGGGCGCAACGAGAGAAACCCUUCCACUUCACCGGCAUGUCUGACGUGAAAAAUAAGUGGGAGCACGGCGAGCAGAACGGGAGGGAUGAAAGGCGCGAAGAACGCAAGCAAGAGAUACAAAACAUCCGAAAUCGCUUGUUUAUGGGUAAACAAGGUAAAAUGAAAGAAAUGUAUCAACAAGCAGUGAUGGAGAGCGAAAGUGGAGCGAAUGUCAAGCGUACAGAGACAAUUGAGAAAUCCGACACGGCGAAAUCCAUCAAAGAGAGGUUCGAAAAGGGCGAAGUUGAAGUCAAAUCACGUGGAGGCAAUGGUACCGAUGAUGAGGAGGUCUUCGAAUCGGAAAUUAGCAAAAAGUCGCGGUCCAUCUUCAAGGAGCUAGACGCGAAUGCAACGAAAGCUCCACCGAUGAUUCCUGCUCAGAAAUCAGCCAGUAAGAUAUUUAAUCGGCAAGCAUCUAAUGUCUCAACGAAUGAAUCCGCCGAAGUGGUGAAAUCAACAAUGCAACAGGAAGAUGUCACUGUGCAGACAGCAGCAAUCCAACAGCGCUUCAAGUUCUUCGAGACUUACAGGGAGCCGGAAUUGGAGCGCAAGCGUUUCCGCAUCACGCCGCCACGGGACGGUCAAGUCAAGAUGGAAAGUCCCGAUCGUGAAGUCUAUCGUGAUCCCGAAGUGAUACGCGCUGAGGAACAACCGGAAGACAGCGGUGUGGCCGUUAAGACACAAACAGCGAAGAAGAUGUUGAAUAAAUUCCGCCAGAUGGAGGAGGAUUUGAGUCGGGAUCAAGUGCACAUGGGGCCGAAACCUUUGAAACGCUUCACACCACCGCCGGAGCCUAUCCGUUCAGAGGAAGAGUCUGAGGAAGAAGCUUCUGAGUCUAUGGAUGAGGAAUCCGAUCAGGAACACGAACGGAAUGGUGUUACACCUGACGGGGAUCUGUUGGAAGCGCAGAAGGCGGCGAGGGCGAAGCAAUUACGCGCGAAAUUUGAGAAAUGGGAGGCGAAUGAGAUCAAACGCGAGCAGAAUAAUAGCUCGGUGAAUAUCGUCGAGGAAUUUGGCGAUGAGCAAUCACAAGUUGAAUCAACUAAAUCAUUACGAGCACGUUUUGAAUCAAUGAAGGGCCAACAACGUGAAGAUGCAAAGGUGGCAAGACCUAAAGUCAAUCGAUUCGUGUAAUCGCCGCAAGAACGUCUCCCAAACGCCAAAAAACGCCAACAAAACAAACAAAAUUUCACUCCUUCUGCAAUAUUUAUACCUUAGAAUACGAUUGACAUGAAACUAAGCAAGAAAACGACUGAUAACUAUAAACAAAGUCAGAAAUUCAUCGAAAUCGAAACGUAUCCGUCAUGUCAUCAGAUGUAAAUAGAGACUGUUUGUCGUUAGAGAAAAGAAAAACACAUAAAUUUAAUGUUUUACGUGCCAACACACUGAAAAACUUGAAAAAAACAAACAUUUUAUACAUUUUUAUCGCAAUUAUUUCAUAUAAUUGAUUGUGAGUGAGUUACUUUUUACUCUGUUUAGUUUAUUACUGUUAAUGUGUGUACUUUUCGUAGAAAAACACAAGAUAUUUAAUCGUAGACGUUGUUAAAACUAAAAAAAAAACCGAAAUUCAACUCAACUAAACCACACUACACGAAUACUAUCAAUUAAUUCAACGAGUGACUGACCAUUCUCGCUAGAGAAACAAAAAUUAAAUAAAAUAUAUACAAUUAGUUUAGAUUUAGUCAUCAAUCAUUUAGCAAGAUUUAUAAAAUUUGCUAAAUAUAGGUGUUACGAUUAAAUUUAUUAUGAAAUUUGUGCCAAUAUGUUAAAUUUUAAAUUUUAGCCUUGCCCCUGACUAUUUAUUAUUAAACAUUAACAUUGAUAAUGAUAUCUAAAUGUUUUUUGCGAAGUGUUUUCACGUUUAGUUUACUCGGAAGACUUGAGAUUUCUAUAAAAAUCGAUAAAACUAUAAAUAUACCUUGUACUUAUAUGAUAGAUAUACCAAAAAUAAGCAAAACCAGCGAUGUUAUCGUUUCGUAUUCAUUUUACUACGAUUAUUAUGAUUAUUAUUAUAUUAUACACUCGAAUAUGUUAACGAAGUAAUAAAUAAAUGAAUAAUGAAUGAAUAAA